GCUGUACUUGUAUCCGGCGCUGAAUGACACAGACGCAACACUGAAGAACAGACUGUAAUAAUAACAAUAUGGCGGGCAAUUCAAAACAACAGCAGCUGUCUCUCCGAGUUUAUAACACCCUUCAGAGCCUGGGCUGUCCUCUUGUGGAUGGACUGUACCUGAGAGAGGCAGAAAGCAUACAGGAGCUCCUGUGCUCUCCUUCAUUACACCGGACUGAUAUUCUGAAGUGGAUUUGCGCCAGCAUUUGUCCAUCCAUAAGGGAGAAGUUUUCCACAAUUAGAACAACUCAAAAUGAGGAUUUAAUUCAAGAACUCACACGGUUUGGUCAUGAAAUGAUGUUAUGUAAAGCUAAUGACCAAGAUUUAAUCAAGGGCCUUGCACCACCUUUACGGCAGCUUGUGUUUCUGGAACAGCUUCUAAUUAUUAUUCAAUCGGACUCCUCUGUACCCUCUAGACAGAACUUAUCCUCUGGAGAUGAAAGUGUAAAGAAUGAGGAUCUGCUUGGGGAGCUUAUGUCUCAGGAUCACUCUGCUGAUCUGGAUCUGCUCCUGAACCCAACUUGUAAUCCAUGGUCUGCUCACAUCCGGGAACAUCUGAUACACACGCAAUCGGCACACAGCAAGACAAAUGGAAAUCACAGUAAACCAAAUGAUUUCAUAAACAGAAGUGAUCAACAUUCUCGCCUUGGAAGUCAUGGAGAAGAAGACCUAACUGAGGCCAUAGCACUACUGCAGUCUACACAGAGCACAUUAGAAGAGCUCCGUAAAGAGUGUGAGUUUCUGCAGUCACAUUCCUCAGGUUCUACAGCUGUGCUGUCCGCUUGUGCACUGAAAGUGGCCAUAUCAGACAUGUCUCAGCUCAUGACUGCCUUCAACCACGUCUACAACACUGACUUUAAGGGGUAUUGCCAGAGAGCCUCCCCUUCUCUCUGUUCCAGCACUAGUGUGUUCCAGUUUGUACAUCAGCUCCUGCGCACCUGUAAUAUGGAGCUUGAGGCUCUUAAGCAGCUCUCUGAAACCUCAACAUCACUUACACAAACAGUGAGACAGCUGCAGACAGAGAGACGGUACUGGUCUAAAGGAGAGAAGCGCACUCUGCCCAACCAGUUGGAAGAGCUGAAGAACAAAUAUGCGGUUUUUCUCUCGCCUCACCAGUCAUAAGUUAAGAGGCUUCUGUAUGCUUUUUCUCUUACUUCAGCAAAAAUAUACAGCCUAUGAAUUUAAAGUAUGUGUUGUUAAGGAGAUAUGGCAUGAGCUGUAAAAUCAGGCCUCUUAUUUGCCUGAUUAGAACUGUUCUUAUAUAACACUUACUAUUUCAACAAGACCCACAUCGUCAGGGAAUAAUAACCAUAUUAAAAUUAGCUGUCAUGUGAACUGGCUGUUUAUCAAGAUACAUCCACUUUUAAUCCCAAAUAUACAACUGCAGUAUAACAACACAAAUGUUUGUUUCUGUACCUUUAUUGAACGUCCAAUCAUGUCAUGAUAUCAUCUUUCGAAUAAAGAUUCAUGUUACUAAAAACAGA